CUGAGCAGCUUGUUCUGAUAAGUUUAAGGAGCUAUAAAUCCUUCUGGAAACCUAAAUCUAAGAUCCGGCUAAUGAGCUCAUAUCUCCCUCAUUAUGUCUGUUCUCAAUAACCCCAAAGUCAAGCUUUUCCUUCUGAUUGGGAUCCCAGGACUGGAACAUGCCCACAUUUGGUUCUCCAUCCCCAUUUGCCUCAUGUACCUGGUUGCCAUCAUGGGCAACUGCACCAUUCUCUUUAUCAUAAACACAGAGCCCUCACUUCAUGAGCCCAUGUAUUAUUUCCUUGCCUUGUUGGCUGUCUCUGACAUAGGCCUGUCCCUCUCCUCCCUUCCUACCAUGUUGAGGAUCUUCUUGUUCAAUGCCAUGGGAAUUUCACCUAAUGCCUGCUUUGCUCAAGAAUUCUUCAUUCAUGGAUUCACUGUCAUGGAAUCCUCAGUACUUCUAGUUAUGUCUUUGGACCGCUUUCUUGCCAUUCACAGUCCCUUAAGAUACAGUUCUAUCCUCACUAGCAACAGGGUUGCUAAGAUGGGACUUAUUUUAGCCAUUAGGAGCAUUCUCUUAGUGCUUCCAUUUCUCUUCACCCUAAUGAGAUUAAAAUAUUGUCAAAAGAAUCUUCUUUCUCACUCAUACUGUCUUCAUCAGGAUACCAUGAAGCUGGCCUGCUCUGACAACAAGACCAAUGUCAUCUAUGGCUUCUUCGUUGCUCUCUGUACUAUGCUGGACUUGGCACUGAUUGUUUUGUCUUAUAUGCUGAUCUUGAAGACUAUACUCAGCAUUGCAUCUUUGGCAGAGAGGCUUAAGGCCCUGAAUACCUGUGUCUCCCACAUCUGUGCUGUGCUCACCUUCUAUGUGCCCAUCAUCACCCUGGCUGCCAUGCAUCGCUUUGCCAAGCACAAAAGCCCUCUUGUUGUGAUCCUUAUUGCAGAUAUGUUCUUGUUGGUGCCACCCCUUAUGAACCCUAUUGUGUACGGUGUAAAGACUCGACAAAUCCGGGAGAAGAUCUUGGGGAAGUUGCUUAAUGUAUGUGGUGGGAGAUAGGAAAUUGAACAAUUAGGUAAUAAAUUAUCAACCAGUAGACAUUUACUGUCAUUUGCUAUGUGCUUAAUGCCAUAGAAGUCACUAAUGAAGGACUGGAUGAUGGAAGUGAAAAGCUAUGUAGUGCAGAAUUUAUAAUAAAGUUGAGAAUAUAACUGAACAGGAUAGAAAAAAAUAAUCAAGAGAUAUAUAAGAUAUAGAGGUUUAAUUAACAUUUUAAGGGAAGUUGAAGGAAAACACUUCUGUGAUGGAGCAGCUGGAUUUGAGUCAACCCAUAAAGAAUGAAUACAGUUUGGGCAGAUUGAGAUUAUCAUUCAAUUAGUAUCUAUUAAAAAUAUGGAUGAUAUACAAAGUCUAAUCUCAUACUAUCAAGGAAAGGUAAAAUAGCUAUGAAGGAUGCUGAUCUGAUUACAAUAGAAAGUGUAAUUUAACAGAUAGCAAAUGAUAUUUUAGAUAAAAUAAGUCGACCAGAUUUUGGAGCACCUAAAAAAAGCUUUGAAAAGUCUAAAUUCAGGAGGUGUUGGAAUGCCAAUUUCGUCUCUACAUGAUAAAUUUCAUUUUAAGACGAGCGUGCAUGUAAACAUGAGCAAGAUGGAUUGAAUUUGGGAGAGAUGAGGAAGGAAGAUUAACAGGAGAAAGCACAAUAAUCCUGCUGUGAAGUGAUGAUUCAGAAUAGGCAGGGAGAGAACAAGAUCAUUUAGCUGCUGUUGUUAUUUUUCUGUUAUAAAACCAACACGUAAUUUAUGGAAAAUCCCAAAUUUAACUAAGUGACUAAAAGAUAAUUUUAACUCCCCUACGAUUUUGCUGUUCAGUUUUUUUCUGUGAUUUAGUCUUUCCCUGCGCCUUAAAAAAAAAUCAGCCCCUCUAAUAUGUUCUUAAAAAUUGAUUCCUGCAGGACACGACAUUUAGUACCACAAUAUUUUUCACUAAAAUUUAUAUUUUAAACUUUUUUUCUCAUGUACAGAGGAAAUAUUUGAUGGAAAAAAUCAAAAGAUUGAGUAGACAAUUAAAAAUACAUUUUGAAGGGGGGCAAACAAGAUUGACAUGGCAAUCUCUCCAGGGUUCUAAGGUAAGAGUGCUGUGAACAGAAAAGCUUUUCAAAGGAACUGGGGACUUGAAUGAUGGGUUUGAAUUUUGUCUUGAGGAUUUGGCAUAGGUGACUGAAUA